AUGUACAUACUCGCCCUCUUCUGGUUCUCUUUGGUUUACAUAUACUUAAUCAAUACCAUUACCCUAGCUCAACCCAAUUUUGUUUUCGAACGCUGUGGGACGUCCAAAAACUAUACCAUAAACAGUACCUACCGAAUAAAUCUCGACGCGACCCUCUCCACCCUCCCCACCACCAACUCGGGCUUAGGUUUUUUCAACUUCUCCACCGGAGAAGGCAACAAUGCAGUCAACUCUAUUGCGCUUUGUCGAGGUGAUGUCAGUCCAGUUACGUGUAGCAGUUGUCUGAAUGACUCCAUUGUUAACAUUCGAAAAGUCUGCCCAGAUCAGAAGGAAGCAAUAGGAGUCUACGACUUCUGUUUGUUGCAUUACUCCAACAAUGCCUUGUUGGUAUACCAAGAACAAGAAAAAGAAUAUUUUUCCCAGUUUAAUGGAAGGAAAACAACGGACAUUGAUCGGUUCAACAAUGCUCUACGACCAUUAAUGGACGAGCUGAGAGGUGCGGCGGCCGCUGGAGGUCCUCUACUAAAAUUUGCGACAGGGAACAGGACUGGUCCAGAUUUCGAUAGGAUUUACGGUCUUGUGCAGUGUUCUCCAUACUUAACGGAGCAGGAGUGUAGUGAGUGUGUGGAGGAUGAAGUCAGCAUGAUAGGGAUUGAAGAUAAUGGGAAAAUUGGAGGGAAAAUUGUUCUACCUACUUGUUACUUUAGGUUCGAGAUAUAUCCUUUUUUUGACCAGAAUUUUCGAGCGACUCCACCACCAUCAUUUCCGCCACCACCACCACCACCAUCAUUUCCGCCGCCACCACCAGCAGGAAAUAACACGGACUACACAACACGGACUAUCAUAAUAGUAGCUGUCGUAGUGCCAAUUAUCAUAGUCAUCAUAAUUGCUGCACUCUGCAUCUUCAUAACAAAACGAAAGAAGAAUGUCAAUGGACGAUCUCCACCUCCAUUUGAGACGACUGAGUCUGAAACUAUUGAUAUUGGGAAUGUUGAAUCAUUGCAAUACAACUUUAAUAUAAUCAAAACUGCAACCAAUGAUUUUUCUCAAGAAAAUAAGCUUGGAGUGGGUGGAUUUGGAGCUGUUUACAGGGGUAAGCUUGGAGACGGACAUGAAAUAGCAGUAAAGAGGCUAGCGAAAGAUUCCGGACAAGGUGAUGUUGAAUUCAAGAAUGAGGUUUUGCUAGUUGCAAAGCUUCAACAUCGUAAUUUGGUUAGGUUGCUUGGUUUCAGCAUAGAAGGAAAUGAACGACUUCUCAUAUACGAGUACUUGCCAAAUGCAAGUCUUGAUAAGUUUUUAUUUGAUCCUAUUAAACGUGCAUUUCUUGAUUGGGAAAAACGAUACAAUAUCAUCAAUGGUGUUGCAAAGGGACUUUUAUACCUUCAUGAAGAUUCUCGUCUAAGGAUAAUUCAUCGCGAUAUGAAAGCUAGUAAUGUGCUAUUAGAUGUAGAAAUGAAUGCUAAAAUUGCAGAUUUUGGCAUGGCAAGGUUGUUUAAAGCCGAGGAAAGUCAAGGCGACACAAAUCGAAUCGUUGGAACAUAUGGUUAUAUGGCACCGGAAUAUGCCUUGCAUGGUCAUUUCUCCGUAAAGACGGAUGUCUUUAGCUUUGGAGUGUUGGUAUUAGAGAUUAUAACUGGUCAAAAAGUUCAUUCUUUUCAGAAUGGAGAGAACAACGAUGAUCUUCUAAGCUUUGCAUGGAAAAGCUGGAAAAAAGGGACGGGGCCCGAUAUGAUAGAUCCCACAUUAAAGUCAGGAUCAAGCUCAUUGCACAACAUCAUUAGAAGUAUUCACAUUGGAUUAUUAUGUGUACAGGACAAUGUUAUUGAUAGGCCGACCAUGGCUUCGGUAGUUUUAAUGCUUAAUAGCUCUUCAAUUACACUUCCUCUACCUUCGGAACCUGCAUUUUUCAUGCGAACUAACAGUAAUCUUGAAGAGCCACUCUUUCAGGAGUAUAGUUCUUCCACGGGAAGUAGUAGUUUAAGAUACUCUAAUAUAUCAAAAGAAAGACCAAGAGCGUCUCAGAUGUCAGUAAAUGGUGCAACAAUAUCUGAUGUCACUCCUAGAUAG